AAAUGUAAGGUUUGUCUUUGGUCGGAAGAUCUAAAAAAAUAUAUGAAAUUGAAUUCAUGUCACAAACAGAGGGAGCUCCUGCUCUGAAUCUUUAAGCGGGGCAGAUGAUGGAGAUUCCGAGUUUCUUCAUGAAAUUGUAUAAAGAACAUAGAGAAGCUGCGGAGUGAAAGUACAGUGUUCUUUCACCGAGAAAGAAGAGAAAACAAACACUUUCUUCUUCUUCAGUUUUAACACACAAUUUGGAAAUUUUAAUGUAAAAAUUCUGUUUUGAAAACGUUUUGCUCUCUGAGAUAUUCCCGGAGGUUCUAUCAGAAGAAGAAGGAUAAAGCUUCAUUAGAAACCCAAUGGACAACGACAACACUUAUAGUUCUCUGGAUAAUGUCAUGACUAACCAAAAUCCUCUUCUCAUGGAUUUGAUACCUUCAAGAGAAGAUUCCACUUCAUUUUCAACAAUGCUUCCAUGGAAUUCCAUCAGAUCAGAUCCUCUACAAAUGGGUAGCUUUGAUAUCUUCAAUUCUCUACUAGCUAACAAGUACUUAUCAUCAACUUCAAGAUCUACCAAUGUUCAAGAAACCAGCAAUAUCGAAAGCUUUGAAGUCAUGGCUCCUCCUCCUCCUCCUCCCCCACUUCAUCCUUUGAAUCAUUUACGACCCUAUGAUGAUUCCUCAAACAACAUGUGGAGUUUUGGAGAAAAUAGCGAAUUUUUUCAAGCAUAUUCAUGUGCAGAAGGUGUUGUUGGUCCAAGUGAACCAAUAAUGUCUACAUUUGGGGAAGAAGAUUUCCCGUUUCUGAUUUCAAAUAAAAGAAACGAGCUUUCGUUGAGUCUUGCCACAGAUGUUUCUGAUGAGUGCUCGGAGAUAAGUCUUUGUGCUGCUACUAAAUCUACUAGAAUAGCCUCAGAGCAAGCUUCUUGCAGCAGCAAAGACAUUUCUAAUAAUGUCUCUGAAGUCAUCUUUGGCUCGAAGUACCUUCACUCUGUUCAAGAAAUACUAUCUCAUUUCGCCGCAUACUCGCUCGAAGGCUUAGAGAAUAAUCCUCAUCGUUAUUCAUCCAGAGGAACCGAGUCAAGGGCUGCUAAUUCAGCCUAUACGAAUCUAACCGAGUUUCUUGAUGGAGGGUUUAAUAACUCAGAGGCAGGUUUCGGAUCUACAUCACAAAGACAAGCAUUAGAAGCAAAGAAAACCCAUCUCUUGGAUCUUCUUCAAAUGGUGGAUGAUCGAUAUACUCAUUGCAUAGACGAGAUUCAUACGGUUGUAUCAGCGUUCCACGCAGCAACCGAGUUAGAUCCACAGUUACACACCCGAUUUGCACUCAAGACCAUCUCCUUCUUAUACAAGAACCUGAGAGAGAGAAUCAGCAAGAAUAUACUUAUGAUGGGAUCGGUUUUAGAGAGAGGUAAAGAGAAGUCUCAAGAGAACUCAAUGUUCCACCAGCAUUGCCUUCUUCAGCAGCUGAAACGUAAGAACCAUCAGAUUUGGAGACCGCAACGAGGUUUGCCUGAGAAAUCAGUUUCGGUUCUCCGGACUUGGAUGUUCCAAAACUUUCUUCACCCUUACCCGAAAGACUCGGAAAAACAUCUUCUUGCUAUACGAAGUGGGUUGACAAGAAGUCAGGUAUCAAACUGGUUUAUAAAUGCGCGGGUUAGGCUAUGGAAGCCGAUGAUAGAAGAGAUGUACGCCGAAAUGAACAAGAGGAAGCUGAAUAAUACUCACCUUCAAGGCAAUGGAGCAAGUCUUAGAAUGCCAAAGUCCAUUAUGAUGAGCCAACAAAGGGAAAAAUAAAAGAAUACUUGUGUUACAACUUGUUCGAGAAAACGAAGGCAAUUACUACUACUAUGAUUGUUUAUGUUAUAAUUGUAUAUACAACUUCUUCUUAUA